CGCAUUGUGGGAUACACCCGUCGAACCUAUGACAGCACUCGUCAAAGCAUACUCUUACGUUGACGAUGAUCUCAGGCACCCGUCAUCGGUUGAUGGCAACAAAGCCACUGUGAGGAACAAGUCAGGAAGACUCUUCUGGCGCCAAGGAUCUUGAGUCAGCCACUGAAGGGCCAAUAGUCUGAAGAGACAUAUCAAGCCAGCCAAGGCGGAUGAAACCCUUGAGACUUGCAGGGACUGUUUUGCUCGCCGUCUUAGAUCCCACGACAUGGCGCUUGCGUUUCCAGGUAUGUUCUCGUUGGAGGGUCGGACGGCUGUGGUGACAGGGGGUACAAGGGGCAUAGGUGCGGCGAUGGCAGUGGCCCUUGCAGAGGCUGGCGCGGAUAUCAUAUUAGUACAGCGAGACACUUCCAACACCAAAACCAAGGAUGCAAUAACAGCCCUGGGCCGCACGGCAACAAUCUACACGGCCGAUCUUGCCCAGCAAAAGGACGUAGAGGGUCUGGCUCGUGAUAUCCUCGGCGAUGGCCACGACGUCUCUAUUCUCGUGACCUGCGCAGGGAUCCAACGACGACACCCGUCGCACGACUUUCCCCAAAGUGACUGGGACGACGUGCUGCAAGUCAAUCUGACCAGCGUAUUCACGCUAUGCCGCGACUUUGGCGCGUACAUGCUGACACGAGCGGGACCACAUCGCGGGUCGAUCAUCAAUGUCGCCAGCCUGGUUAGUUUUCAGGGCGGAUUGACGGUGCCAGCAUACGCAAGUGCAAAGGGCGGCGUCGCGCAGUUGACUAAGGCUUUGAGCAACGAGUGGGCGAGCAAGGGGAUCAAUGUCAACGCGAUUGCGCCGGGGUAUGUCAAGACCGAUAUGAAUGAGGCGUUGAUCAAGAACGAGACUAGGGCCAGGCAAAUUCUCGAACGGAUCCCGGCGGGCAGAUGGGGUGAAUGUGAAGAUUUCAAAGGGCCCGUGGUAUGGUUGGCGAGUAGAGCCAGUUCGUAUGUCAGUGGCGAGAUUGUCGUCGUCGACGGCGGAUGGAUGGGGCGAUAGAGAAGCGUGCCCAUGUGAAAUGGAGCGGAAGUUUUAUUCUUCGCUGGAGCUCGCAAGCGCCGUUCA